AUUACAUCUUCAAUCUAAGGGCAACCAUGGCAGAGGGAGAAUCAUUCAUCCAUGUAUAAGGAGAGGUCACUGUUGAGCAGACCUGGAGUGUCCACCACCAUCACUCUCCUCCCACACAGCCCCGUCUCUCUCUCUGCUCUCACUCUUCAGGGUCAGUGACUUGGGACUGAUUCUGGAAUCAAACAGCUUUUGGCCCAUGAUGGUGUUUCAUGCUGCACUCUUCUCCAAUCCACUCAGACCAACCAAAACCAGUCUCAGGUCAUUGCUGAUUUCAGCUUCUGAAAGCAACAGACUUUGUGGACUAGACGUGGAGAACCUGGUCGGUGACUGUCCCACACCAUUCCUCAACCUUGCAGUCUUCUGCUGCAACAUGAAUUCAAAGCUACGUCUCUCGUUCUCUGAGAUAGUGGUCUUGCUGGAGGGGAUGGAGAUAGGAGAGGAAGAAGCCCAUCCCUCUGGGUGAUUAUCUCUCCGCAGAACCCACCACUGUCCAGAUCAGCCCUUACCGACGUCUUAGUUCCCCGUCGCCCUGGCGACCAGCGGUUGUCACGGAGCCAGUUGGACAUGCUUCCCCCAAGGACAUCCCCUCUCGAAACCCCGGUCCGGGUCAACCCCUUCUCUCUGUGGCAGGACCUGAACGGGGGCCACAUCAAGCUCUACAACACACCAGCAAGUCUGUCAUCUCCCUGACCUUCACCCUCCCCCAGCAGCCUGACACCUGCGCCUCUCCC